AUGGAUGCCUCCCUCUUGAGAAAGUUACAAACAACCCUGCUCACGCUCCAGGCUGUGUUGGAUGAUGCAGAAGAGAGGCAGAUCAACAAUCUUGCAGUCAAAAAUUGGCUAGAUGACUUGAAAGACGCUGUCUUAGAUGCUGAGGAUUUGGUCAGUGAAAUAAGUUACGAUUCCCUUCGGUGCAAAAUGGAUAAUAGAGAAGCUGGAAGCAGAACUAAUAAGGUGUGGAACUUUCUUUCAUCUCCUUUUACAAACUUCUAUAGAGAUAUCAAUUCCCAAUUGAAGAUCAUGUGUGAAACUCUUGAAGCUUUUGCACAACAUAAAAAUACCCUUGGAUUGCAAACAAAAAGUGCUAGAGUUUCUCGAAGACCACCUUCAAGUUCCGGGGUUAAUGAAUCUGUCAUGGUCGGUAGGAAUGAUGAUAAAGAUUCAAUCAUCAAGAUGCUUCUAUCAGAAAGUGGCACCAGCAAAAAUAAUAACUUAGGUGUUGUUGCAAUUUUGGGUAUGGGAGGUGUUGGAAAAACAACCCUUGCACAACUUGUUUACAAUGAUGAAAAAAUUGAACAACAUUUUGAUUUCAAAGUCUGGGUUUGUGUAUCAGAGGACUUCGAUGUUGUGAGAGUAACCAAGUCUCUCCUUGAAUCUGUUGUUAGAAAUACAACAUCUGCGUCUUCAAAGGUAUGGGAAAGCGAUAAUCUUGAUAUUCUUCGGGUUGAAUUAAAUAAAAAGACGAGGAUGAAAAGAUUUUUGUUUGUGCUAGACGAUUUUUGGAAUGACAGUUACAAUGAUUGGGAUGAGCUAGUAAGUCCUCUCAUUGAUGGAAAACCUGGAAGUUCUGUGAUUAUAACAACGCGCCAACAAAAAGUUGCAGAGACGGCCAAGACAUUUCCUAUUCAUAAAUUAGACCCUCUGUCACACGAAGAUUGUUGGUCUAUACUCUUAAAACAUGCAUUGGGAAGUGAUGAAUAUCAAGGCACAGCCCUUGAAGAGAUUAGUAGGAAGAUUGCAAAAAAGUGUGGCGGAUUGCCAAUAGCUGCUAAAACGCUAGGAGGACUUCUACGUUCAAGGGUAGACAUAACGGCCUGGACUGAUAUUUUGAAUAGCAAUGUGUGGAACUUACCAAAUGAUAAUAUUAUGCCUGCUUUACAUUUGAGUUACCAAUAUCUUCCGUCUCAUUUGAAAAGAUGUUUUGUAUAUUGUUCAAUUUUUCCAAAGGAUUAUCCACUUGAUAGGAAGAAUUUGGUUUUGUUGUGGAUGGCAGAGGGCUUCCUUGAUUGUUUUCAGAAGGGAAAAUCGGUAGAGGAUGUAGGUGAUGAUUGGUUUGCUGAACUCUUGUCUAGGUCCUUAAUUCAACAAUCAAAUGAUGGUGCUCGUGGAAAAUCGUUUUUCAUGCAUGAUCUUAUCAACGACUUAGCUACAGCCGUAUCUGGAAAAAUUUGUUGUCGGUCUGAAUGUGGUGACAUCUCUGAAAAGGUUCGUCAUUUAUCAUAUGUUCAAGACGUGUAUGAUAUAUUCACAAAGUUUAGGCCUUUCUACAAUUUUAAAUGCUUGCGAAGCUUCCUACCCAUUACUACCCGGAGGUCAUGUAAUUACUUAUCCAUCAAGGUGGUUGAUGAUCUGCUACCAUUAUUCAAAAGGUUGCGCAUGUUGUCACUUUCAAACUAUGUAAACAUCACCAACCUACCGGAUUCAAUUGGCAAUUUGGUGCAAUUGCGGUAUCUAGAUUUGUCCUUCACUAAAGUCAAAAGUUUGCCUGAUACAAUAUGUAACCUUUACAAUUUGCAGACCUUGAUUUUAUUAGAUUGCGUGCGUCUCAUUGAAUUGCCGGUGCAUAUGGGGAAUUUAAUCAGUUUACGUCACCUUGAUAUAAGUGGGACUGGCAUAAAAGAGUUGCCUAUGGAAAUUGGUGGACUAGAAAACCUCCAAACUUUGACUGUUUUUUUAGUGGGUAGGCGACAUGAAGGGUUAAGUAUCAAAGAGCUAAGUAAAUUCCCAAACCUACGAGGGAAAUUUACCAUAAAAAACCUAUACAAUGUCGUUGAUGCAAAAGAGGCAGAAGAUGCCAACCUGAAAAACAAAGAGAAAAUUGAGGAGUUAGAGUUGCUAUGGGGGAAAAUAACUGAAGACUCAGUAAAAGUAAAAGUUGUGCUUGAAAUGUUGCAACCAGCCAUAAACCUGAAGAGCCUUAAAAUUGACUUAUAUUGUGGGACAAAUUUUCCGAAUUGGUUGGGAAAUUCUUCGUUCUCUAACAUGGUGUCCCUUGAAAUUCAUAAUUGUGAAUUCUGCGUGACACUUCCACCGCUAGGCCAACUACCUUCCCUCAAGAAGCUGAAUAUAUCGAAUUUGUUGUUAUUGGAGACAAUUGGCCAAGAGUUCUAUUGUGUUGAGGAAAAAGCAUGUUCAAAUCCUACCUUCCAACCAUUUCCUUCCCUUGAGCAUUUGAUAUUUCACAAGAUGCCAAAUUUGAAGAAUUGGAUUUCUUUUGAAGGCAAAAUUUUUGCAUUUCCGCGACUUAGAACUAUGGAGUUACGUGAUUGUCCUGAACUAAAGGGAGAUUUGCCUGACCACCUUUCUCGCAUGGAAGAAAUUGAAAUAAAAGAUUGUUUUAAGCUAUUGGAAACACUCCAUACUUUGAGUUGGCUAUCGGCAAUCCAAACAGUAAGCAUUAAAGAUUUAAAAUAUGAAGCUUAUGCUCAAAAAAUGUUUGAGACCGACUUGCGACAUGCAGCUGCUGAACGUUACGCAAUGUUUAUUUCUAAAACGAUCAUGAGUAGUAUUUGUCUUACUCGCUUGACGCUCUGCAAUAUUCAAUCUCUCACUGCAUUUCCCACAUGUGGUCUACCCACUUCACUGCAGGCUCUGUAUAUUGCUGGGUGUAGCAAGUUAUCCUUCAUGCCUUUCGAAACAUUUCAAAAUUACACAUCACUAGUAGAUCUUUGUAUGUGGUAUAGCUGUGAUGCACUUGCAUCAUUUCCAGUUGAUGGUUUCCCUGCUCUCCAAUCACUUUCCCUCUACUGUUGUAAGAGUAUGCAAUCCAUUUUUAUUUCAGAAAGUCCUUCACGUCGGCAGUCAAGCCUCCGUACCCUUCAGAUUAUAGGCAGCGCCUCAAUUGAAUCAUUUAAUGUCAAUCUUCAGUUGAACACGCUUACCAAUCUUGAAUGUUUGUCUCUUUGCUGUUAUGAAGAGUUGUCAUUUCGGGAAGGAGUUUGUCUACCUCCCAAAUUACAAACAGUAUCUAUUAAGUGCAAAAGAACAAAGCCGCAUUUAAAGGAAUGGGAUCUCCGAGACCCAACCGCUCUUUCAACAUUGCAAAUUGGUGUCGGUGAUAAUUUGUUCUCUGAAGGAAAUGAGCUUCGUCACCUCUCCUCGCUCCAAAAAAAUCUUCACUUCAUUGAUUGUCGACAUCUCAAGUCAUUACCAGAAAACUGGAUUCCUUCCUCGCUGAAAUCACUUAAUUUUACAAAUUGUGACAAACUCGAGUCAUUACCAGAAGACAACCUCCCUGCAUCUCUUAAGCAGCUGACCAUCCAACGUUGCCCUCUGCUAGAAGAAAGGUAUAAAAGGAAGGAAAAUUGGUCCAAAAUUGCUCACAUCCCUGUCAUACAAAUAAAUGACCAACUCACAAUAUGA